CCGGUGGGGCGCUGUGCCUCGACUUGCGUCUCCCGCUGCCGAAACCCUGGAGACAAAAUAAUUAACACAAAAAUAAAUAAAUAAAAAUACCCCAAACGCCCCAGUAAAAUACAUGAAUAAAGGAGGAGUGCAAAGCCCCCCGUGGCCCCUCAGCCGGCAGCCGCCCCGGGCCGCGCCCGGUGGGGCAGGGGGCGCUGGGGAGGGCCGGGCGGCGCUGGCCGCUCGCCCGCGGCGCUGCCUGUGCCUGCGCGGGGACCUAAUAAAGCUAUUUUGAAAGUGACCCCUCGGCCAGAGCGCGGGGAGGGAGCAGCGAGCCGGGCGCAGCUGUCCGGAAUCAUGACUGAAGAUGACGGAUUCCGUGGUGGUGGAGGGUCACGUCAAGUUGAGAGAUGGAAAAAAGUGGAAGAGUAGGUGGCUGGUGCUGCGCAAGCCCUCCCCGGUGGCAGACUGUUUGCUCAUGCUGGUGUACAAAGAUAAAUCUGAACGAGCAAAAGGGCAUAAGGAGAGGAGCAGCAUGACCUUAGAAGACAUCUGUGGCUUGGAUCCUGGGCUCUCCUAUGAGGGCUUAAAUCACACGCUUGCAAUCAUCUGUCUCUCUCAAGUUGUGAUGCUGGGAUUUGACAACAAGGAAACAAUGUAUGCGUGGGAUGUUCGAAUCCGCUACAGUUUGGGGGAAGUUCAUAGAUUUCAAGUUUUUGUAGCACCUGGCACUAAACUAGAGAGUGGGCCUGCUACCCUGCAUUUCUGCAAUGACAUUCUCGUCCUUGUAAAAGACCUUCCCCCUAGUGUCAUGGGGCAGUGGAAGCUCUCAGAUCUGCGUCGGUAUGGAGCUGUCCCAAAUGGAUUCAUCUUUGAAGGGGGUACCAGGUGCGGCUUCUGGGCUGGUGUGUUUUUCCUUUCUUGUGCUGAAGGAGAGCAGAUCAGCUUUCUCUUCGACUGUAUCGUCCGUGGCAUCUCCCCGACAAAAGGCCCUUUUGGUUUGCGUCCAGUUCUACCAGAUCCAAGUACAAAUCCAGCCUAUUCAGAAGAAAGAUUGGCUCAUGAAGCUUUGCAGUUAGAAAAGCGCUUGAGCUUGCUGUCCCAUACAAGUCGCCAGGGCAGUGGAGGAGAUGAUAGAAGUCUUUCAAGCUCAUCUUCAGAUACCAGCCACUCGGAUGUUAGUGUUGGGAGCAGACUGACAAUUUGGCCUGAACAGUCUUCAGCCAGCACUUCUCAAGAGAGUCAUGGACUGGCAGCAGCAAAGGGCAUUCAUCUUGGGGAAGAAAAGACCCUUCCAGAAGGGGCACGUGGCACCACUAAACUGCCUCCAAAGCCCCUCCGAUCAAGACAGCUACAGGAAAUAGGUCGUCAGAGUUCUUCUGACAGUGGAAUAGCUACUGGUAGUCACUCUUCUUACUCUGGAAGCUUCUCUUCCUAUGCUGGCAGCUUGGACAUUUGCCAUGGUGAUGAGUUUGGAUCAUUGCUAAGCUUGCCAUUGAACUUUCCUUCGGAUCAGAAUUUAUGUACUUGUCCUCACAGUGAGCUCCAGAGAGGUGUGGGAUCAGAGUAUCAGGUUCCCAGCUCUCUAAGACAUGUUUAUGAUAUACCCAGGAGUUUGUUACAGGCAGCUUCUAAAGAUGUGCAACCAAAGAGUGCAGAUUCCACGCUACCCAAGGACCAGGCCCUGUCAACUCAAGGUGCUAGUGACCCAAAACUGCGACUACCACACUUGGAAGCAUGGAGGGUACCCGAGCGCAGCCAGGACAGAGGGAGGCCUUCAUCCUUACUCACAGAAAGCAGCAAGGACUCAAGUGAUGAGACAUAUGUGGAUUUUGUUUCGAGGUGGUCAGACACAAAACCACAAGGACAGGUGUCAGACUCCAAAAGUAGUGAGUUGUCACCACCUAGGGGGCCCUCAGCUGACCCCUGUGAUACAUGUAGCCCCCACCCUGGGAUGACAAGAGCUCUUUUUUCAGCUUGUCCAAUCUGUGGUGGACUAAAGGGAACAGCAAUAUUACAGUCUGGAGUCUUACCAGCUAUACCAGGUAGUACUUCUGUCAUGGCAGUUUCUGGGUCUUUGAAAAUGCAUAGAGGGCACAGUCUCCAAGCUGGUCCUAAAGGUGGUUAUGAGAUGCUGAUACUUCCUGCAGAACCUGGAACUCCUACUAGCCCUGAGGAACCUGAAGGGGCAGUGGGUUAUUCAACUGAUGUCCCUACACCAGACCGACCCCACAGCGAGGCAGCCACCUACGUCAAUAUUCCUGUCAGCCCUACUUCCAAAAAACAGCUUCAUUACAUGGAACUGGAACUUCAGGAACCUGGCACAAGCAUAAGAGGAAGUGGAUCAUCCCGAUAUGCACAGAUUGACAUUGCAGCCACGGAGACAGCCCACAAAGUGGGAACACAGCAUGCUCAGUGCCGGGAGGAACGUCUGCAGGAGCUAGAGCAGAAGAAGAAAGGGACUCAGCAGUGACCUGUCUAGGAAAGAAAUUUUUGCUCACCAUAAAUUGGUACUAAUUUAUCUUCCCAAAGAUUCACAUUAAUUAUAAAAAAUACUCAUACAAAAUACUGCCAUUGCUUAUUGCAUUUAUACCAGAUUCAUUCCAAUAUCUUGAUUCCUAAUUGGAAAGCUGGUAGCAUGAGGGGUGUGUGUGGUCUUCCUUUUUAUUUUAAUUUGGUUGUAAAGUCCAGAUAUUAUUUUUUUCAUAUGCAAUGAGAGAUGUAAAUUACCUUUUUCUAUAAUUCAAAAAUCCUGGAGAACCUGGAACCAAUUCCAGUGUUUAUUAAAUGUUGGCAUUUUCUUUCAAAAUAAGUAACUUGAAUGUGUGCAGGUAAGGGAAUGUGAGUGUGUGCGUGAUAAGUGUACAUAUGUUUGCAUGUGUGCCAUAUGUAUGUAUGUAAGCACACAUUACUGUUAAAAUAUAUGUAUAUAUCUGAGCGUAUAAAUAUGUAAAACCUCUAUUAAUAUAUUAAUGGACUCUUACAAAAGCAAGAAAAUUCAGUGCCUGAUUUUUUGCAGGCACAAUUUUGUUCAAUUUAUAUGCUUAUUUAUGGACAUGCUUAACUUUACCUAUGGGUAAUUCAGUGUUAUACCUCACCAAGAGUUCUGCAGCUUUGGCUAAAGUUACUCAGUUUUAAAAGCUGCAGUGUCAGGGAUUCAUAUGUGUAUGCACACAGACAUGAGCACACACAAACAGGUUAUUUAAUUUAAUUAUGUCUAUAAACCAAAGUAAUGUGAAGGGACAUUCUGGGUGCUUCUGUUCUUAAAAAACUCUGUGACAAACCAUAGGCUUUGAUUUCAUAGUUGCUGAGUUCCUGUAAUUCUUAGCAAUUCUCCUGGAGUUGAACAUAUGUAUCACUUUGAAAAUCAGGUCUCGGGUUUCUCAUACAGAAUAUCUUAAAAUCAAAGUACUCAAAAGAAACACUUACUUUUGAAAACUGAGUUCUUUUAUUUAUACCUCCAAAACUAUCCCUAAUAUAAAGCAGCAUCAAAAGCAGAUCAUACACCUUGAAUCUAAAACCUUCAUUGAAUAAUUCCCUGCUGUCCCUAAAUAGCAUAAAACUAGUUCUGUGUAAGAGGAUGAUGUCUUCAGAGAUGCUACAUAGUUGAGGCACAACAGGAUGUUAUGUUGUAAUAUAGGUUUAUCCACAAGUCUGUGACAUCUUGCUUUUGUACAGUGAGAUUGGAUGAUUCAAAAUUUGACUUAGUUUCUUGUGUUGUGCAUUGUCUAUGUAAUUCUUGUGUUCUAUGUUUUUGUCCUGACACAAAAUGUUAUUUAAACAAAAUGUUAUCAUAGUGACACUAGAAUAACAAAGCAGUGUACUUACGAAGAAAAAAAAUUGGCCUGUGUUAACUCCUGGAAGCCAAAGCUGAUAUGUUAUCUGGAGUGAUAUCUUGGGUAUUAUGAUUUUUUGACUGUGUCUUCUUAAGAUACAAUAUCACAGCCCAGUUCUGCUUUUCAGAUAUGUGUUAUAAUUUAUAUCGGUGAGUGGAAGUUUUGUGCCAGUGAAGGUUUCACUAAGUGACAUGGAAUGAGAGGUAUUUGUUUCUGAGGCAGAAUUUAACUGAUAAAUUUAUUUGAAUGUAGCCUCAAUAGUAAUGUAAAAUGUCAGAAAUCUCUCAAAUAAAUAAAAAUGUGUUUGAGAGUUGACAAUUGCCAUUGUCAUCUGUCCUGUGCUAAGAUACAGUUUUCUGUUUAUCAGCCUGGCACAUUUCUGAAAGGAAAAGAAAUAUUUCUUAUGAGAUUCCCAUUUUAAAAGAUUUUUCUCAUUUGGCAAAUGGACAGUGGUGAUCUGCUUCGUAAACACAUAUUCAGUACAACUGGAAUGGCCUGGACUUACAGCUCCUUAGGACCAGGUUUAUGUAACUGAACUGCUAUUCAGUCAAGGACCCACCACUGGAGGACUUGCAGGGUUAAAUCUCUUGCUAUGUGCCUAUUUCUGUUUAAUGUUUAAAAUGAGCAUAGCUUGCCUGAUGCACUGAAAUACAGUGUUUUCCAUCAUGAUAUAUGAUGAAGUUGCAAUAUUUCUAUUCUAAAAACCUAUUUACCAGGAAAAUAUAUUACCCAGGUUAUCUACAAAGGCUGCCUUUCUGUGCAUUGCUGAGAAUCGCUUGCAUUGAAUCCUGGACUUGCAGCAUGGGUAAAGAUUUGAUACAGUAGAAAAGGGCAUUGGAUUGCUGCUGGCCUUACAGGAGGGGUCACAAGUGUAAAAAUAUGUCUUUCAGGUUGAGCAGGGCUAUGAAUCUGUGCAUGCACGUGGCUCUCUCUGCACAUGUAUUUGUGUAUGUCAUAGUAACUUCAGCUAGGAAUAGCUAGGUGGCUGGAUAUAAAUUUGUACUUAUAGCCUUUGUUAAUGUCAACAUAGUUAUCCUAUAAGGCUUUCCACAAAUGAAGUAUUUUACUUUGUAAGAUUCUGCUUCACUUGAGUAGGAUAAAUAGAAGAGAAGACUUUAACAUGUUUUUUAAAUUCACUUCAUAAUGCACUAAAUUAUGUUUAGAAGACUGAAGCAGGAGGCCAAACCUUAUUGUUAAAAACUGGUGGGUGGUUGUUUUUGUAGUACCUUGCAGGUCUCCCUGACAAGUUAUAGGCUUGACAUUUCUGCUGAAGAAAUUAAGUUUUCUCAUUCGAACAACAGGAACUCGCAGAAAUGGAAAACGUUUUUCCUAAAUAAAUAAAAUAAUGUGCCUUCUAGUUCCGGUAGCAAACUAGGGGAAAUGGAAGUCAAACCAUAAUCCUAUGAGCAGGCUUGUGCUCACCACAUAGCUUGCAUGGGUUAACUCUAGGACUGCUGUUAAUGGACAAAUAGUUAGGGAUUUAUUCACGCACCUUGCACAAAACUUGUGCAUAAGUGAUCUAAAAUACAGUUUGUGAUCGCUAUAGGAUGAUUGCAGAUUCAGAGCUCUUUGCAAAAACCCCCAAAAGAUCUCCCAUGCUUUUGAAGAUAAGUGUAUCUUCAUAUCUUCUGCUGGUAAAAACAAAGGCUCAUUUUUAAUUUAAGAUUCUACCAGAGUCAGAUCUCCUCCUACCAUUACCAGGAGUAUGAGAAACUAAUUACCAGAAGAACAAAACAAUGUGAUGUGGCUGAUACUUCUGUGAGAUGUUCCUGAAAUACUUUUAACACAGCAGAAGUGCCAGUUUGGGGGCAGUGCUCUCGGUGGUAAGAAAACACUGUCAGCAGGUGCAGCAUUUGGGCAUAACCGUUAGUGUGUUGUAUAGGUACCUCUUUCUUUCUGAUAGUUCUACUCAGUAGGUUACUGCCAAUGUAACUACUACUUCAGUGGGUUUUAUGAUGUUGCUCCAAGUUAACAUGUGCUGCAGGAGAGAGGGCUGGAGUUUGGAGGCAUGUAAUUGCCCAACAAUACAAACAGUUGUCUGGGUUUUAAUAGCAGUCUGGCACCUAAUUGUGGAAAAUGCCAGUAGGUGUCUUUAGGCAUCUAAAUGCGUGGGAAAAUCUGCCUCAAGAGUUGUUUUUAGCAAACAGCUUGGAAAAAUCCUGCAUUUUCCACCCUGCUGUAAGCAAACCAGGCUUUAUUACUGUAGCUUGGAAAACCUGAAUUUGUGUUAUGAGUGAUUAGACUUUUUUUCUGAGAUGCUGAAACAUGCACCCUUUGGUAAGUACCUUUUCUGGUUUGUCUGGGGUGACACACAUAUUAUUGCUAAAAUGACCACAGGAAGAAGACAGAAUUUUAUGGGUUACUAGCUACUCACUUCUGUUAAAAUUAUGCAAUUUUUUCAGAUGACAGUGCUGUUAUAUUUUUAUGUCACCUUUUACCUGGGAAGAUCCUCAGCUCUCAUUCAGCCAGUCAUACAAACAUUAUUUUGCAGCCUAGGUUGAAAGGAAAUGUUAAUUUAACAUCACACAGCAAAGAGAACAAACAAAGCGGAGUAAGGAUGGAUGAAUUAGAAGUUAUUAAGGGAGAUUUGUAAGAAGUAGCUCUGCAAAUGUAUUUUCAGUGUAGGUAGUAGAAUUAAGGAAAAGUGCAAUUUUUAAAAAAGUUGUAUAGGUUCUGAUGACUUCAGUUUUAUGCUUUCCCUGAGCACCUGUAUCAGCUAAAUGUUCACAAGUCGUGGGGCCUGAUGGGAUUCAUCCCAGAGGACUGAGGGAGCUAGCAGAUGGACGGCAGGACCCUUCUCGAUCGUCUACCAACGGUCUUGGCAGCCUGGGGAUGUCUGUCCUGGGGUGCAGCAAACAUGGUACAACCAGCCGGCCACAGACAUGAUGUCCUGCUGCAUUCAGCGCUGGGGCAGCCUCACCACGAGUACCGUGCGCAGCGCUGGGCCCCGCGGUUUGGGAAGGAUGUGAAGGUCCCUGAAUGUCUCCAGAGGAGGGCAACAGAGUUGGUGGCAGGGCUGGAAGGCAUGUCCUGUGCAGAGUGGCUGAGGACAUGGGGUUUGUCCAGUUUGGAGAAAAGGAGGCCGAGGGGCAACCUCAUUGCUCCCUACAGCUCCCUAAAGAGGAGAGGCAGAGAGAGGGGUGCUGAGCUCUUCUCCCUGGGAUCCAGUGAAAGGAUGCAUGGGCACGUCUUAAAUCUGGGCCAUUAGGGAGCAUUUCUUUACCGAGAGGAUGGUCAACACUGGAACAGGCUCCCCAGGGAGGUGGCCGAUGCCCCGUGGCUGUCGGUGUUUAAGAGGCAUUUGGACAAUGACCAUCAUAACAUGCUCUAACUUUUGGUCAGCCCUGAACUGGUCAGACACUUGGACUACAUCAUGGUAGGUCCCUUCCCACUGAAACAGUCUAUAUUCUAUUCUAUUCUGAAGAUGACAGGCUUCAGGGUAGCCUCACUCUGAGGCUUAGGACAGCGAUGAGCAGUUGGUUACAGAUUAAAAGCAACUCUCCUGUGGACUCUUCUUUGAAAGGCUAGAACUGAACAACAGGAAAAUAUAUGUAAUUCACACCCUGGAUUCUGACACAAUAACUUUGUAAGACAGUGGGCAGGUUUAGGAAGGUGCAGCUGCCAAGUAAACUGAGUUUAGUAAAAACUUUAGGGUGAGUGAAAAUUAAUUUUAAAACUUACUUGCUUUCCGACAUUUGUCUGCAUCAGCGCAUCUAGAAAUAAUUCAAAUGUAUUAUCCCCACUGUGUACACAGAGGCGUAUGUAACAUCACUAUGUUACUGAAACAAUAAGUGUCAACUUAUUUGAGGAAUGUGCAGGGGGGGGUGGGAUCAGAAAGCAGAUUUAGCAUGACAGUAAUUUGUCUCUACGUUACAUUAUACUGUUGUGAAAUACUCCCCCCUCCCCCAAAAAAAAAAAAAAAAAAAAAGCCCUCGCACCUGCUACUGCUGAAGUUAAAUUUUACUCAUCUGUGGGCUGAGCUGGCAAUUUAUGGAUAGUUCAUAUACAGAAAAUAGAGCAGAUUGCAUGCUCAGAAAGGAACCUGGCCUUUGGAUACUGAAGUUUUAUUAUGUAAUGGAUUGCUCAGAUUCAUCACGCAUCCAUGUCUCUGCCUGCUACAGUUGGAAGAUGUGCCCCGUGGCCUGCCUUUGGCUGCUCUAACAUUUGUCCUAUUGCUAUCAACAGCAGCGCUGCACACAAAUUGAGAAGCCCAAGGAGGAAUUCCUGUUGGGAAAGUUGUCCUUUGCCAGCUAUUGUACUGACAGAGGAGUACGUGAGUCUGUAAAAUGUAGUUUGGGCCACUGCUGGAGACCUGCCGGCUGGAUUGUUGCUUCUUGUACAAAGCGUGGUUGUAGCAAGGAAGUGGAGCUUCCUGGGACAGGCUGAGGUUGCAGCUGUAUCUGCUGUCAAACAGAAGAUGGGCUGGCACUGUCUCUACCAGGAAUGGAGUGGAAACCAUGGGGUGGUUACAUGCCGGUAUACACUGUAAAGAGGCAGACUGUUGUGCUCUGUGUGCGCCAGUGUGUUGUUUCAUUGCCCUUGUGUCAAGUCAUGGAAGCAGUUCACUGACACAGUCUAGACUGUGGAUAGAAUUACCCUCCAGUCUGUUUUUCCCCUCUGUGGAAGUGUAUGAAGCACAGUAUGUGCAUUGGGUGAGGGAUGGUGGGAGCUGGGCCCUGACGGGACAUGAAGGUGCAUCUAGUCCUGCGUUCAGCUACCACUGCUAUUUACCAACAGCUGGGAGAUUUGCUAGAGAUGGAUCAGGUCUACUGAAAGCCCAGAACUGGUCUUAGGUGAAUUUUUGCAAUCUCUGUGCUUUUUAUGGUGAAUACCUGAUAGUAGUGACUAUAAGCGACAGCUGUGAGAAUGCAUUUCCUGCAGUGACUGGCCUUGAAGUCCCAGGUGGGCUGCUUUGGAGCUUUGCUGACACUACAUACUCUUUCCAGCGUGCAUACCUCUGGCCAAGCCCUCCUUUACACUGACAACAUUUAACACGAUUAGACCCUCUCAUUCCUGUCCAUCUGGCAAGUUUCAGCCUGCAGCUGGCCACAUCUUCAGCUUGGCCCAUGACGGGAAGCCUGUCUCUUUCAGCAUGGCGCUUGCCCUGAGCAGCGCAGGAAGAGCCAGAAGAAACUGGGUAACAGAAAACCUGGUGGCCAAGCAGCAAGGUUGUCAACAUGAAAAUGCCAGACUGCUUAACCCUGCCCUUAGUCUCCACCAUGUCACUGGAAAGCUGUAAGCAGUCAAAGCUGAAAAGGAUGAGUUGUUCUGUUCCUUGGGUUUGAAGGAGCUGAAGAGAACUGCUGUUUAUCAUCAGUGUAUGCCAGUGGCUAAAUAGGCUCGCUCCUGUUUCUUCUGUAAUCCUCGAUAUGCACUGUGGCAGUACUUUGAUUUGGACUUGUGACUGUCCUAUUUGGUUAUAUUGGCUGGUUUUUUCUUUCAAAAAUUCUAGCAUAGCCGUUGAUACAGAUGGCAAUACAAUAAGGAAAAUAAUUCCUAAGAACAUCUUUGGAAGAGCAUGUUCUUAUCCUGAAUUAAUAACUAAUCAUGAAUGAAAACUUUGUUUUGCAGUUCUGCAAAGCUCUUUCCUCUGCAGGGGAAUGAGGGUCACUUUGCACAAGACCUGAAACAAUCCAUCAGUGGUAAGGGUUUAGUGGCACCAGUGAACUGAGGCUAAUGCAAACAUUGUCCAAGACAUAUGUAUCCCAUAUAGAUUGUGGUUAUUAGCUGCUUGAAGGAGGGCUUAGAGAAGGGUAACUCAGGUGUUCCAGGCCAUGUUUACCGGUGUGGAAGGUGUUCAGCCUGUUGGGAAGUGGCUUUUGUGUAAAGAAUCUGUGUCAGUUUGGGACAGAUUAGGAAAAAGGUAUAGCCUGAAAAAUUCCUAACAAAAACUGGGAGAAAAUUACUGCGUUUCCCGCUGCCGGUGGUCUGCUGUUGAACUGAAAUAAGCAGUAACCCAAUUCCUAAGCUCUUGCCAUGGAAGUCUCUUCUUUCAGAGAUGUGAGUUUUUGCACACAGUUCUUCUCUCUCCCCUUUUGUUUUCUUGAACUUCAAAAUGGAACACAUACUAGAUCACCAGUGGCCCCAGGAAGUGGCGUGAAUGAAGACUCUACACUAUGACAGGGCAUAUUUGGAAUUGUGAACGGGAGUCCCAGAACUGGGAUCUGAAUUGAGGUUGGAGAAUGGACCUUUCCCCAUUGAAGGACCACUUACUUAAUGGUUCUGGUUCAGAUGUCACCUUGAAUUAGAAACUGAGAUUUGAAUUUUGAGGUUAGACUCCUGGAUCUAAUGCCAAGCAUUGCAAAUUACUGGGUUUCAUACAAAGGUUGCCAGUUCUCAGUGUGUUUCUUCUUAAAAUAAUGUAGCUCCCCUCCCUCUUUAAAUUAAGUUGCCAGGAAAAUCAUAAAUGAACAUUAAAUAGCAUUUUGUUUUAGCAGGAGGCUUAUUUCAAAGCGAUUCAACGCUCAGUUUGCCCUACAGAAAUCACCAGGUUUAAGUUGCAGUAGGCCAGUUAUUGACAGGCAACCUUUGAGACUGAAAAUGUUUAGUUUUAUUAAAAUGGAUGUGUGCAGCUUUCUGAUAAGUUAACAUGUCGGUGAAGGAACAAAAUAUCUACGUUAUAUUAAUGUAUCCAUUAUUUUUACAUUCACAUGUUAAGCAUUAACAUCUGUGUACUGUUCUCUUUUUGAUUUAGGAGAGUGUUCUUUUGUUGAGUGGUUCGGUAAUAUACAUGAAGGUUUGGAUAUGAAAGUCCAUUAAGGGCUACUGAUAAAAGCAGCUGGGUUACAAUUGUUGCUGUACCAAUUAUGGCUCAACUUGCUGUGGGUGAAAGUUUAUAGAUUUAUUUUGGCCCACGUAGACAGAUUUUAUGAAUGCUUCCAUUUUAUGACUGUGGAUACUAGUAAAAGAAAUCCACACAGUCCUUUGUUCUCUUGAUUAACAACCUGCUUCCCAAUAGGUGCUUUGUGAAUGGCCUGAAAUAUACGUUAAAUGUGUGUUGUAUUUGAAAAUGUUGAUUCUGGUACUUAGAAGCUGUUUGUUAGUAAACAUAAUGUAUAUGGAAAAUGCAGUCUUUGUUUUUCAUAGCUCCCUUUUCUCUGUUACAAGGGUAGAUCUGUUUCUAUUGAAAGCAAGUGUCCAUUCUACUCAUUGACUUCUGUUUCGUAUCUUUUUUUUUACUUAUUUCUUCUAUUCUCAUUAAAUGCUAUGGAAAGAAAAAAAUACGUUUUACAUUUAAAAAUUACUUUAGAACUGCCUGUGUACUACUCACUAGUAGAUUUCUGUAUGUGAAACAACUUUUUAAACAAACUUGAAACCCAGCUACCUCUCUGAAGCAGUGCCAGAUGAUGACAGGGAAGGUCUGCGGAUGUUGUGACCCAAGCAUGCAACCUGUUCCCUCUGUCUGAGUUAGCCCCGAGCUGAACACAGUACUUGGGCUUGUGACAGGUGACCCUGGGUUAGGGCCUGCAGAGGAGCUCUCAGCAGCCCGGCUCCCUGUGUAAUGCUCUGGUUUCUGGGCACUGUGGCAUGCUGGACCCUGGCUGGGGACCUACAUUCUUCCAUGGAGUGUAACACUACUGGACUAAUUCACCCAAACUCAUGUAAUGAAUAAAUGGCAGAACUGAAAAUAUGAUGCUGGGGCACCUUUAGGGUCAGCAGGGCGAGAUGCCUGCUUAAGCACAGAUGCAGACCCCAUGUGCUGGCAUCUAGGCAGCAUGCACACAGGUAUGUGUCGUGUUCUUGUGCUGGGAGCUUGGGAGCUGCCUUCUGCUCUCCAUUCAGGGCUUGAAGCCCUUAUGAAGCCCCUCUAAAUGCUCAGCCGAGACCAGCUGUUGAAGCAGCCACAUCAUGGAAACUAAGCUGGUUUCUCUGCCUCUUGCCUUCUGUCACCUUCUGUGCAAAAGCUGUAUUAUUACUCUGGCUCGAGGGAGCCCCACAGCCUACAAAUGUAAAUGAUCUCUACUUGGUGAACUUAAAUACUCUGGCUAUUGCCUGAUCUAUCAGGCCUCAGAAGCCCUGGGGAGGGAUGGGAGAAAUCAUUACAGCAAUAUAUCACCCCCAGUGACUGUUCCACAUUUGUCUUGGUAGAAUGAUAUGCUCUUAGCUCCUCUACCAGUAUGUAGGACAUAAGUGUUUAUUUUAAGAAAGACUUUGUUAUUUUUGUUGUAUUUAAUGCCUUGUGUAUUUAUUUCCCUCUCAUUUCCACAUCCAACCUGUUUAAUAAAUAAAAAUCUGUCCUACCUGAAA